AUGACUCCUCUGUGUUGGCAUGAAUUUGGAGAAAUUGUAGUCCUUGGACCAGAGAUUGUUCGAGAAACUACUGACAAGGUAAAAUUGAUUCGAGAGAAGAUGAAAACUUCGCAAAGUAGGAAAAAGAGUUAUCAUGAUAAGCGAAGAAAGGAUCUGGAGUUUCAAGCGGGUGAUCAUGUGUUUUUUAGAGUUACACCUGUGACUGGUGUUCGGCGAGUAUUGAAGUCUAAGAAGCUCACCCCUCAAUUUAUUGGUCCGUAUCAGAUAUCAGACAGAGUUGGGAAUGUGGCGUAUAAAGUGGUGUUAUCGCCUAAUAUUUCGAAUUUGCAUGAUGUGUUUCAUGUGUCACAGCUCUGGAAGUAUGUUUCUGAUUCGUCGCAUGUCAUUCACAUGGAUGAUGUGCAUGUACGAGAUAAUAUCACGGUGGAGACGAUGUCGAUACGAAUUGAGGAUCGUGAAACAAAGACACUCAGAGGCAAAGAUAUUGCUUUGGUGAAAGUAGUUUGGUCAGAAAUUGUGGAGAAAGCAUGA